AUGGAAGAACAGCAGUUCGACAGGACAUCAACGGAGUUUCGUGGUCAGGGUGUUUACAAACGGCUAUCAAAAGCAAUGAACGAGUACGUACGAAGACAUUACCCGGAUGUACAGCGAGAGAUAUUCGCAUCCACAGUGUGUCCCUCCCUCGCGAGAGAAAUUACACAGAUGACAAUUAUUAGGACUUCUGCUGUAAAUAAGAAGCUCUCCGCGUUCAGCUCUAUCAAAGUUAAUUUCUCAGACCUGAUAGAGCCUUGUACGAAAGAGUACCUCUGUGACGUGAUCUUUUCAAGCCCCGUUGCUCAGAAAUUGUUUCUGGAUAACCCUAUUGUACUUGAUUGGAUUCCCAUGGAGGCUUCGCAAUCAAACAUCGAUCAUUUCCAACAUGAACUCGGUCAAGAUUUCUAUUUUGCUGUCGACAAAUGUGGCGAAGAUGGUAUUCCCAAAUCUGUCAGUUUUGGUGCUCUGUCACCAAGGGUAGGAUGCACUGAUUGGACCGUCACUAUUUAUACGAGUGAUCCAAGCUUAUACGAAGCUCAAGUUACUCAUCAACUACAGCAUGCGUUCAAUGUUAUUGAAGGCGAUUUUUUUAUUUCUUUCACCCAAGACAAAAGUUUGUCAAAUCGAGGAAUAAGACUUCUCAGAGAAUAUUUGCCUCAGGUGGAAUUUGACAAAACACGGUCCACUUUCUUCCUUUGUGAAAAUGUGAUUCAGUCUUGA